UUUGUCGAAGUUAACAAAUUGACCAAACGUGAGAUGCUUCAGAGAGCUGGUAAUGGUAAAAGCAAGCGUGUCCAUUUUGAAGAGCACCCUGUUGGUCCUAGCCGUCAGACCGAAUCUCAUUUCAACGACCCAGUAAAGGCGUGUAAAUGCCUGUGGUUCCUACAGCACGAGGAGAAGUUCGAUGAAUUGAUUUGCAUGGAGAUAGACGGAAAUCCAUUCCAAGAUAUCUGUGUGGUAACACGCGGCACUCUUAUCAAAGCGUGGCUCACUAAACGAAGCAUAGGACUUGCUUCGCAUGCUGACAAGUUCGAAAGUCAGUCGAUCUUCACGCUGGGUGAUCUCGCUAGUGUUUAUCGCCAUGAUACAUUUGCUCGUCUUGGCUUCGAUCCCGAUCAGUGUGCCGUCUUAAACAAAGCCUUUAACGAUUGGUACCGCGUGAUCAGGUCAGAGAUCUGUGUUAUUCUUAUCUUUGCACAAGCUGACGUCCCGAGGUUUCGGUUUAUUUGUGUUCGUGUUGAAAUUGUCAUUUGUGCAGGUUCAAUAGCCUUUGUGUAUAAUUCUCCGUACCAUUGUAGACAGACGAUAAAAGAAGAACUCAAAGACAGAAGAGCAGCAGUAAUGGUCGAAGCUGCAGACGCCUGUAACAGUAUUCGCAAAACCCACCGAAGCUUCGCCGAUUAUAAGGCCAAGAUGAUUGCACUCGGACGCCCAGACGACACAGUUACAGCGUCCAGAAAGGCAAUGGAGAAAACCAUCCACGAAUACUACUCAGAUUUCUUCGAUAGCCACGCCCACCUUCCGUCAUAUGAAGUAAGGGAGUAUGGAUAUGUUGCACCACCGGUUCCCCCUUACGAAAUCCGACAUGCCAUUUCGUCGGUGAAAAAAAUCGAACAGUACCAGGUCUGGAGAGGAUAA